CCUCCGGCCCAUCAGGGGGCGACAGACCACUGACAGCGGCCUCUCCGCCCGGAGUCAAACGACCACGAAGAGCAAACAUGGCGGCGUCGCUGGUGCGGUUUGUCCGCGGAGGUCUUGGAAGGAGUUUUAACAUUGCGAGGAGUUCGUGUCUCCUCCAGCAGCAGACCAGACUGCAGAGCUCCACCACUGAGGACAGACCCACUGUCAGGCCCAAGGAUGCCGUCACUCACAACCAGCUGGCAGCGUUUGGGGAGUACGUGGCUGAGAUGAUGCCCAAAUAUAUCCAGCAGGUCCAGGUGACCUGUUAUAAUGAGCUGGAGGUGAUGAUCCAUCCUGACGGAGUGAUCCCGGUGCUGACCUUCCUGAGGGACCACACCAACGCCCAGUUCAGGAACAUGAUUGACCUGACUGCCGUCGACAUCCCAACGCGGCAGAACCGCUUUGAGAUUGUGUACAACCUGCUGUCGCUGCGCUACAACUCUCGUGUCCGUGUCAAGACGUACACGGAUGAGUUAACACCAGUGGAGUCUGCGGUCCCCGUCCACAUCGCCGCCAACUGGUACGAGAGGGAGGUUUGGGACAUGUUCGGGGUGUUCUUUGCCAACCACCCAGACCUGAGGCGUAUCCUGACAGACUACGGCUUCGAGGGUCACCCCUUCAGAAAGGACUUCCCCCUGUCGGGAUACGUUGAGGUGCGUUAUGAUGAUGAGGUGAAGCGCGUGGUGGCCGAGCCCGUGGAGCUGUCGCAGGAGUUCAGGAAGUUUGACCUGAACACGCCCUGGGAGGUGUUCCCCGCCUACCGGGAGCCCAAAGAGGCUGCGCCCAAACUGGAGGCUGGUGACCCGGCCCCUGAGAAGAAGUGACGUCCCUCUGUUUAGUCUAUACACACACACACACACACACACACACCCCAUCAUCACCUUGUUCUGUCUGUCUGUGUCAUCCUGGGACCCUGAACGAACCCGCCUGAAAUAUUUAUGUAAAUAAAAAUACUAAUAGAACAACCUUUAAA